GCUGUGCGCGUAGUUGUGGAGCGCCGGAACCGCCCGAACUGGAUCAAGUGACCGAAAGAGUCUGAGCUGCCGAACGCUUUCGGGACGCGGCGCCAUGCGGCUGUUUCCAGUUUCCUUGUGUACCGCUGUGGCUUCCAGGCGCCAGUCCUUUCCCCUACACGGCCGCGACGUGGCGCGCUGGUUUCCAGGCCACAUGGCCAAGGGGCUGAAGAAGAUGCAGAGUAGUCUGAAGUUGGUGGACUGUAUCAUCGAGGUCCAUGACUCCCGCAUCCCACUUUCAGGUCGAAAUCCUCUAUUUCAGGAGACCCUUGGACUGAAGCCUCACCUGCUUGUCCUCAACAAGAUGGACUUGGCAGAUCUCACAGAGAAGCAGAAAAUUAUGCAGCACUUAGAAGGAGAAGGCCUAAAAAAUAUCAUUUUUACCAACUGUGUAAAGGAUGAAAACAUCACACAGAUCAUCCCAAAGAUCACUGAACUAGUUGGGAGUAGCUAUCGCUACCACCGAGCAGAGAACAUGGAGUACUGUAUCAUGGUGGUUGGUAUUCCCAAUGUGGGCAAGUCCUCCCUCAUCAACUCCCUGAGGAGACAGCACCUUAAGACAGGAAAGGCUGCCAGAGUGGGUGGUGAGCCUGGGAUCACCAGAGCUGUGACAUCCAGAAUUCAGGUGUCUGAGCGGCCAUUGAUGUUCCUGUUGGACACCCCUGGGGUGCUGGCUCCUCAGAUUGGAAAUGUGGAGAUAGGCUUGAAGCUGGCUCUGUGUGGAACAGUGUUGGAUCACCUGGUUGGGGAGGAGACCAUGGCUGACUACCUCCUCUACAUCCUCAACCAGCACCGGAUGUUCAAGUACGUGCAGCACUAUGGCCUGAGUGGUGCUAGUGAUGACAUAGAGAGUGUGCUGAAGAGCAUAGCUGUGCGGCUGAAGAAGACACGCAAGGUGAAGGUGCUCACGGGCACAGGUGAUGUGAAUGUUGUCCAGCCCAACUACUCUGCAGCAGCCUGUGACUUCCUCCGGACCUUUCGAAGUGGGCUGCUGGGCCCAAUGAUGUUAGACCGUGACAUCUUGCAGGGCUGUCUCCCUGCCGACACAGACCCCUGAACUUGAUUGGAGGGGUGUGGCCUCCAGAUGUUACACAACCAGAACAUUCGAAGGUUGGGACUACCUACCCUUCCAAGAGUUCCAUGCCGCUCACCCUGACUCACAUCCCUGUUCCAGAGGGCAUGCUAUGCUGUCCUGCCCACUGCAGUUAGCCCUGUGAUGGGGACGAGGCUGUGGGGUGCCAAGCAGUCCUUGGUGCCUGGCCCUCUGAGAAGGCUUCUGCUCAGUAUCUUUCAGGGAAAACCUAGUGCUGUUUCAGAGCUGUAAUCUUAGGUUUUAAAAAGUAAAUUUAAAAUAGCCAGGUGUGGUGGUGCACACCUAUAAUCCUAGCACUCCGGAGGC